AUGGGCAAAUCUUUUCUGAUUGCAGAUCAUACAAGUUCUCUAGUCAUCAGACUCGUGUUAAUCUUGAACGGAGUGUUUAUCUCCGCGGCACAACUCAAUGGCUUGAUGAGCAAGAUUCAUAUUGUACACUUGGGAGCAAAGCAACAUGAUACCCCUGAGCUGGUUACUAAAUCACAUUACCAAAUUCUUGAACCACUUCUUGGAAGCAAAGAAGCUGCCAAGAAUUCUAUAGUUUACAAUUACAAGCAUGGCUUUUCCGGCUUUGCAGCAAAACUUACCGCCUCUCAAGCAAAGAACCUUUCAGUGCAUCCCGAGGUUCUUUCUGUUGUACCAAGUCGAGUAAUGUGGCCAAAAACAACGAGGACAUAUGAUUACCUAGGACUUUCUCCUACUUCUCCAAAAGGUCUUCUACAUGAUACCAAGCUGGGAAGUGAAGUUAUUAUUGGAGUAAUAGACUCAGGGAUAUGGCCAGAGUCACAUUCUUUCAAUGACACAGGUUUAGGACCGAUCCCGAAGCGUUGGAAAGGGAAAUGUAUGUCUGGAGAUGGAUUUGACCCCAAAAAACAUUGCAACAAAAAACUUAUAGGGGCCGAGUUCUUCACUGAAGGUCUUUUAAAUUCUGAGGCAGAAUAUGAUUUCGAAUCAGAAAGAGAGUUUAGGUCCCCAAGAGAUGCUAAAGGCCAUGGGACACAUGUUGCUGCAACUGCUGCUGGUUCUUUUGUGUCUAAUGCAAGCUACAAAGGACUAGCUGUAGGAACCGCUAGAGGCGCGGCUCCUCAUGCACGUAUAGCUAUGUACAAGACGUGUUGGAGACGUGCUGGAUGUAUUACAGCUGAUUUACUCAAAGCAAUCGAUCACAGCAUACGCGACGGGGUUGAUGUUAUAUCCGUUUCAAUCGGUAAUGACCCCCCAGCGAGUUUCGAUGUCGAUAUGGAUGACAUUGCAUUCGGUUCAUUCCAAGCCGUGAUGAAAGGCAUUCCCGUUGUUGCUUCUGCUGGAAACGAAGGACCUGACGCUCAAACCAUUGAUAAUGUUGCUCCAUGGAUCAUAACCGUCGCCGCAACAUCCUUCGACCGUUCUUUCCCUGUACCAAUCACUCUCGGAAACAAUCUAACUGUUCUGGCUGAAGGUUUAAACACAUUUCCUGAAGUUGGAUUUAUUGAGCUUCAGAACGCAAUUGAAUUGUUGGACACCAAUAUCGAAGAAGGGGUAACUAAAGGGUCCAUCGUACUUGCAUUUACAGCAACCGCUACGGCGGCAAAAAAAGCACAUGACAUACUCGAAGCUGGAUGUGCUGGUAUAAUCUAUGCACAAUCUGUAAUUAAUCCUACGGUUUGCAAUGGUGUGGAUGUUCCUUGCGCCGUUGUAGAUUACGAGUAUGCAACUGACAUCUUACACUACAUCCAGACCUCAGAUUCGCCUAAAGCAAAAAUAAGCCCUUCCAAGACACUCAUUGGCCAGCCUCUUGCAUCUAGGGUGGCUUAUUUCUCUUCUAGAGGACCUAAUUCAGUUACACCAGCAAUUCUGAAGCCAGAUAUAGCAGCACCGGGUGUUAAUGUUCUUUCUGCUGUAAGUGGUGUGUAUACAAUAUUGUCGGGAUCAUCAAUGGCGACUCCUAUUGUGUCCGGAAUUGUUGGAUUACUCAGACAAAUACACCCUGGCUGGUCUCCAGCUGCCAUCCGAUCCGCUCUUGUCACAACAGCAUGGAGGACUGAUCCAUCUGGAGAGCAAAUAUUUUCAGAGGGAUCAACGCGAAAACUUGCUGACCCGUUCGACUAUGGAGGUGGCUUGAUCAACCCGGAGAAAGUAGCAAACCCGGGCCUCAUCUACGACAUGGGCAUCAAUGACUAUGUUCAUUACCUUUGUUCUGCGGAAUACGAUGACGGAUCCAUCUCCAAACUACUUGGUAAACCUAUCAAAUGCCCUUAUCCAUUGCCAUCUAUGCUCGAUUUCAACAUGCCUUCCAUCAUAAUCCCAAGUCUCACUAGAGAGGUCACAUUGACUAGAACCGUGACAAAUGUUGGACCGGCUGAUUCGGUUUACAAACCCCUGGUUGAGUCUCCACUUGGUAUAGAGCUUGAUGUGAAUCCGAAGACUCUUGUGUUCGCUUCCAACAUUACUAAGGGUACGUUUAAUGUGAGAGUGAAAACGAGUCAUAGAGUGAACAGUGAUUAUUAUUUUGGGAGCUUGUGUUGGACUGAUGGUGUACAUAACGUCACUAUUCCUAUUGCCGUGCGAACAAAGAUCUUGAAGAGCUAUGAUUAA